AUGGAGAGAAGCAAAAUUCAAGGAAGAAACAAAGAUUCCAAAAUCGUAAAAACGAGAAAAGCAGGAUUCUCUAAGUUUUCCUACCAACCAAGUAGAGGAAAAAUAAUUAAAUACACUCCACAGAAAAAAAAAGUAGACGUGAGGAAACAUAUUUUUAAACAGUACGGAAGAAGUAAUUUAUCCAUGAUGAAUAGAAAAUACUCCAGAAGAGUAGGAGGAAUUAACUCAUUUUACACGAAGGGAAAGAAAAGAAUCGGAGGAAAAUAUCAGGAUAGGCCUUUUUCCAAGGGGCAUGGAGGAUUUGUUAGAAUUACCAAGGCAAAUAACUUCAGGAAAAUACGAACAACAAAGUAUCGACCUACCAAGAGAAGAAAUCACUUCUUCAAGAAAACGCAGAAUUUGCAUGACAAGAUAGGCAAACUCACGUCGAAGGAAUUGGACGACGAAUUGGACAAUUACAUGGGCUCGAGCAAUGUAAAGUCGAGACUAGACAACGACUUAGAAUCAUAUUUUAAAAAUAACGAAAUGUUGCAAGUGGAUGGAAAUAAAGGAUUAAACAAAGUAGCCGAGUAG